AGGCGACGCAGUAACUCAAGCCGCGGCAUAGGAGGCUGCCGCUCACCCCGCCAGUGCCGCGCGGCCUCGCUCACUCGCCGCCCAGCCCCGCGCCAUGGUCCACGCGCUGCUGCUCGUGGGUGCGGUGCCUCUCGGCCUCCUCGACACCGCCCGACUCGACCCAGACCUUGCUGCUCCUGGCGCCACCCCCGCCACCGCCACGGACGACACAGCCUCCACAGCACACAGCAUGAACUGGCGCGCCCUUCUCGAACGGCUCGGAACACCACAGCUUCCCGACAUCAUCCUGAGCAACUCACAGCACCCAGCCAACCAUGCCAAGCACAAACCAGACAUCCUGCUCGCCGACCCUGCCUCACCCGGAGCAGCAGAAGCCAACACGCCCUCAGAGGUGAAAGUCGAAGUCCCCUCCUCCUCCUCCUCCUCCUCCUCGAGUCCCAGUCAAGAAGCCAUCAAGUCCCAGAGCAGUGAGGGUCGGCUGCCUCUCGCUGAUUGGUUGCGUGAGGCUUUGAGUGUCCUGCGGCAUAAGAACGAGGACAAGGAGGAGGAAGAAGAGGACGAGAGGGACGGAGCGGUCGGCAGCGAGGAGUGGCGGGAGGCUGGUGUGUUGCUGCGGAAGAUUGGUGACUUGCUGGACGGCUGCAGUACGUGGAGUGGCAGGGGAAGGAUGACCUCCGCAGCCCUCAGCUUCCUCUGGCGCGCCCCCUCGCCUGCUGCUGCUGCUGUUGCUGCUGCCUCGCCGCCUCUGUCUUCGGUCUGCUCACGUGGCGGCUCCUGCUGUGGUGCCGCUAACCGCCUGGCUGAGGGAGGACGUCCACUCGCACCUUCAGCAGAUGGCAGUCUCCUCAUGCAGCCAACUCCUCCUCCUCCUCCUCCUCUUCCUGCUCCUCCUCUUCCUCGUCAGCAGCUCUGCCGCCGACCCUUCCUGCACCACGUGUAGGCCACAGUCCACGCGUGUAGUCUGUUCCCCGCGCGUCACUGCCCGCCAGUCGUCACUGCCCUCACGUCUUUCAUUACGCCCUAAGGACACCGUUCACGCCGAGGGAGAAAAGCGACGUUUAGGUCUAGCUCUUACCCGCAAAGUAAAAACAUUUCAACGCCACUUUAGGACGACCGCAUCGAGGCCUGACGGGAGCCAUGGGUUAGCGAGAACACUUCACCAGACAGACAAGCAAAACAAAAUUCCCAGUGAACGCCGUGCGAUGUGCGGGUUCCCUCCUCCCAUCACCCUCAGCACAGCGUGUCUGGGCGGCCCGCGACCCACACACGUGCGUCGCCGCCUGAAACAUUAAAGUGCCCGCCGCGUGCUGUGUUGUUGCAUCAGAGACAGCACAAAACCGCCGCGCCCCGCCCCACCCCGCCACAGCCUGCGACCUGCGCCACGACACCCGCAGGAGGCAGGUUGUGGUGUUCGUCGCGGCCCAGACACUCUCUUGCCCCUUCACUCCGAAUCGCCCCGCCCCACGUAAGGCACCAGCUCCUUUUAUCGUCUUUAAGUUGAACCAUUUAUUUGUUUCCCAGUGGUUCCCCGCGCCGCUCCUCCCACCCACGGCACAGAAGCGAGCUGUCUCCCGCCCACGCCCACGCUGCCCACCCACGUACUGUAGUCUGGUAUAGCGAACAUUUGUUAAGAUUCUUGAUAAACUUUAUAUGAUAGAGUUAUUGGAUACUUUAGAUUAACGGCGGUCUACGUGUGCUACCCUCCCCCCUCUCCCCAACAGUCCACGCCCCGCCAACCACCCCCAUCGACCACCACUCCGCCACACACAUGCUGGUGGGGGUGGGCGCUCCUCAAACCCACACUGAGUAGACUCCAGCAAACCAAAUCCUGCCCAUGUACUGUAAGCCGUCGCUCCUUCCCUCUCCUCCCCUCCCAAAGACCUCACAGUCUAGUCAGCGUUCUGUGUAGGAACGUGACGGUCACUUAGUGUUUCCAAGUACACGAGCUCAAUGUAUCUGCUCAACGCCUUGCUCAUUCACCACACAGAUGCCAGGAACGGAAGCUUUGAAGAGGCGACAAGACCUUAUCAGUAGCUGUGUGUGUGUUACAAGGGCCACAUUCUGAAACACUUCUGCGCCGUACUUCCAUUACAUGCAAAGAGCUCCACUUGAAGUUACGCGAGUUUUAAGGUGUUUUUUUAUUAUUUUAGUGACACGUUGACAAGAUUUAUGUGUUAUUAACUUGAUAGAAUCUGUUCACAACCCGGCUAGUCAUCUCCUGGCCUUCGAAAAUAAUGGUGGGAAUAAUGGUGAUGAGAGAGUAGAAAGUCUCAAAACACAGGACUACGGAGAGAUAACUAACUAUUCAUGAGACAUCACCAACAACACCAUAACCACUAUACUCUCACUACCAGAAACACCACCAACAUCACCACCACCGCUACCACCAGCCACACGCGCUCCCACGGCCUGACAACUCCCCAGGGCCAAGCCACAGUCCACCACACCACACUGUCUAAUUAAUUCGCCACACGUACAGUACAUGACAGGAAAAAAAAUGGAGAAAGAAAGGAUAGCGAGGUUUGGUUCGGUGUUCUUUGUAAUGUUUGAAAGCGCCUGCGUGUUCGUGGCCGUGUUUCAUUCAAGUUCCAACCGGCCAGUGAACGCUUCGAAGUCUGUGAUGCCAGUGGUUGUCAAAAAAGUCGUUGUUACAUAAAAGAGACGCCAUCAUGCACAACUGACAUAAAUCGCCCUUUUUGCAUCUAAAGCCUCGUGAUACUCUUCUCUUCCCUUUUUUACGUGUAUAAAUAAAUCAAUAAAGCAAACCAGUUCAUUACAUGCAGCUGAUGGCGAUGGCAAGCUACUUCAGGAAAGCAACCGUCCCUUAUCGGCUGCAGUUCAAAUUGAGACACACUCAUGACGAAAAGAAAGUCAACAUCACCACUACUCGCAACACUCCUGCACUCCACACCUUCACUCCUCACACACUGCCGGGCCAGUCACCGCCGCCCCUCACCGUCAGAUCAACACUUCGGUCCCUUUCACGCCACGCCUCUAGUGCCACCGUCUGAAAGGGACCUUACAUUUACCUUUGAAGAUGAACGGCACCAAAAGAAAAACGACUUUCAGCUUGCAGUGAAUUCAGGGGAACGUUUGAUGUUAACCAAGAAAACUUUGAGUCACUACCGGUAGUGACUGAAUGACUGACUGACUGACUGACUGAUUGGCUGACUCAGAGCGCCGCGUAAACAGGAUCAUCAACCACUGACAUACUAAAACAAAAACUAGUCUUAUCAGUAAACCAAUAGAAUGGAGUCAGUACCACUACCUGACUGACUGACUGACUGACUGACUGACUGACUGGUUGGCUGAUUCAGAGCGCCACGGAAACAGGAUCAUCAACCACUGACGCACAAAAAACUAGUCAUAUAUUAGGAAACCAAUAGAACAUAAGAAUCAGUACCAUUAUAUCAACUGACUGACUGACUGACUGACUGGCUGGUUGAUUCAUUUCAGCAAAUUAGGGUAACGUGUCACUUAUUCCCACCACGUCACUCACCCUCUGCCAAACGCGGGAGUCUUGAGUCUUCCCGCACACUACAGGCACCACCACCACCAGCCGGGACUGACUUGAUAACCGAUACGCCAAUACCGCGCCGCAAUGCUCUUACCGGAGGAGCCGAGGGUCUUCAAAGGAUCGGGGAAUGGGGAAAAAACUUCAAUACUCAAUCCCCCGCCUUGCCUUCCCCAGUCCUCCUCCCCCACUGCCUUGCUUCCUCCUCCUCCUCCUACUCCUACUCCUCCUCCUCGUGUUCUCGCCCUCGUCGUCAUCCCAAUCCCGAGUACAAGUUACUUUUUAAAUCACUCGUUACAGAUAAUACGAAAACUUUUAUUAGUAUUGCAAUAACACACACACACACACACACACACACACACACACACACACAGAGUCGCCGAAAUCCGUUACGUAGCGUUUAAGAGUCUUUUUCUCAACACUCCGCGGGCCAACAGGGUUAUCUUAGGCGUCCCAUGUGUCGUGUGCUGCUCCUCCACGCCCUCUGUGUGUGAAAGAUUGGACUUACAACUGUACUCUUGCGUGAAGUUGUCUUGUAACCUUCGCCGUAUUUCCUUCCACUGCGCUCAACGUUUUGUGUUCAUUUUCUAGUCCUCUGAAUCGCUGUCUGUCUUGCUAAACCUGGCGAGACUUACAGGACUACAGAUUAACCCUCUCACUGCGGUAUGUAAUAAUUUCCAGAGCUAAAAGUAAUAUACAGUAUCUUUAUAAGCAUCUGCAAGAAGGAAUGGGGUAAAAAAGAAAGGAUGUUGCAAUUUCCUGAUAAUAUGAUGUUCGGUAGUGGCUGUACUGCAAGAAAAUGUGUCUUAGUAAGGUUUGUAAUCAAGGAAGGUCGUAUUAAACAGUAUGCAGUGAAAGGGUUAGUUAAAGAUUGGAAGAAAAGGAAUUGAUUGAAAGGAAAUGCGAGGUUACUUGAUAAUCGUGUACCUGUGUGUGUGUGUGUGUGUGUGUGUGUGUGUGUGUGUGUGUGUGUGUGUGUGUGUGUGUGUGUGUCAGCUUUGAGGUCCCAAUGCAGUGGAGGAGUGUAGCAGCGCACGUGGCCGCGUUCCAAGGUUCAGUAUGUGUGUGUGUGUGUGUGUGUGUGUGUGUGUGUGUGUGUGUGUGUGUGUGUUUAGGUGGUAAGGUCCCGCGCGAGGCUCUGCAGGUGAUGACAAGCAGGCGACAUUCCCUCACACACAGCGCAGUAACAGCAACAGUCAAGCAGUUAACUAAAGGCAGAUAGGAUGGAAACAUGAAAGGGAUAUGUAGACAAGUUAGCAGUUUGUUGGUGUGUUAAAGAAAGGUUGUGUGCAGAAUAAUAGAUAAUGUGGAAUGCAAUGCUGGAUGUGAACUGUGUGAUGGGUAAACUGACUGACUGACUGAUUGGUUUAUAUUUGAUUGUAACGAUGCUGUCUAUACGAUGUUCACUUGUAAUCUAAUGGACUAGUUGAUUAAUUAACUGAUUCAUUUUUUAAAACCUCAAAACAAUGACGUCAAUACAGCACCAUGCGUCAAAAGUAUUAUUUACAAAAUUGUUAAAAGAAAAUACGAAAUAAGAUUAACUUUCUGUAAAUAAUAUAGAAGUAACUUGACUACAGAACCUUAGAGAAAGACAAAUAUAAAUUACUAAAGCUAAUAAACCUCCAUGUCAUGCUUCUAUAUUGAUUUUCGUUAUUAAAUAUAGAAAAACAAUGAAGCUGAUAUUAAUUGUUACUAUGAUAAUAAUAUUAAUAAUAAUAAUAAUAAUAAUAAUAAUAAUAAUAAUAAUAAUAAUGAUAAUAACAACAAUAGUUUCUGACAUUACCUGCAUUCCCUAUCGGUUCAAAAAUGCAUAACUUUUUACGAGCUAAAAGUUCCACAUUUUUCACCUCCCUCUCCGAAAUUAAUAACUAAAUAAAAUGCCUCAGUACAACAUGAUACUUUUUCCACACUUAUUUUUUUUUUUUUUUUUUUUGCCAGCAAUGAUAUCCUGUAAUUGAACGCCUUUCUUUCUGUUUUCUUUUUUUGCUGUUUUCAUUUGAAUUUUUCUGUACAAAAAUUGAAUCAAUGAAUGGUUAAAAGUCUCGGGUUUUGCAGCUUAACAUUUGGUAAUCACGAUACAAAUAUUUACUGACUGUGUUGCCUAACGGGAAAACUAAACAGAGAGAACCAGGAAUGAGAAGAAAAGAAGAGUUUCACGUCAACACAUCACAAAAUAAGGAGAGGCACAAAUAAAGGAAUGAUAGAUAAAAUAAGAUCAGACCUGACGCAAAUGAAAUGAAAAGUAAGGCAAAGGAAAAGCAAAAAUAUAGAAACUCAUGAAUUUUUAAACAAAGGAAAAGCAAAAAUAUAGAAACUCAUGAAUUUUUAAACAAAGAGAAAGCAAAAAUAUAAAAACUAAUAAAUUCUCCAUAAAGAUUGAGCAAAACUAAACAACUGGAAAUGCUCGUACACUUAACAGAAAUGAAAAAAAAAAAAGAUUAAAGCUGAACAGAGCACAACGUUAUACACAAUGAAAACAAAAGAAAAGCAAAAAAAAAGAAAGAAAAGUUAUGUAGGCAAACUGUACGGUAAACACAAAAGCAAAAAUCAAGACAGGUGCCAUAAAAAUAAAC